UCUUUUAAGGGAGAAGCGGACUUGCCGGAGAAGCGGGUGGGUGGUACUGGGCUCAUGUGCCCUUUAAGUAGAGGCUGCUCUGCGCCCAGGAGGAUAUAUUGCUUAAGCUGGCAAGGGGGGUGAUAAGUUAAGUAUCCAGGCCUUUGCUCUGCCUGCAACCUGCCACCACCUUGUCCCCAAACCACUUGGAGAGGAUGCAGGGAGGCUCUGUGCUGGAAGUGACUUGGUUUGUGUUCCUGGUUGUGGCUGGCGCCCCUGGGCAGGACGAAGAGAAGCCCGCCUUCACCCCCAUUCUCACCCGCAGGCCUUUCAUUGUGGCUUGGAAUGCGCCAACCGAGGAAUGCAAGCCUCGCUAUGGUGUCCAGCCAGAUCUCAGCAUCUUUGACGUUCACGCCUCGCCCAACGAACUUUUUGUGGACCAGAACUUGACCAUUUUCUAUAAAGAGCGCCUGGGCCUCUAUCCCUACUAUGAUGGGGGGAAGGCUGUGAAUGGGGGUGUCCCCCAAAACAGCAAUUUACAGCAGCAUCGGAACCAACUGGAGUCUAGUAUUGGGAAAUACAUCCGCACUGAGACAAAGGAGGGGCUGGCUGUGAUCGACUGGGAAGAGUGGAGACCCAUCUGGGUCCGGAACUGGCAGACAAAAGACAUCUACCGCAAUGCCUCCCGUUUACUUGUGAAGGCUCGGCAGCCUCAACUGCUGGAGGACCAGGUGAAGAAGGAGGCUCAGUAUGAAUUUGAGUCAUAUGCCCGCGAGUUUAUGAGCGAGACCUUGAGAUACGCCAAGUACUAUCGCCCCCGGCAGCUGUGGGGCUUCUACCUCUUCCCCGACUGCUACAACCACGACUACAGUAAGAACCAGGACAGCUACACAGGGUGCUGCCCAGAUGUGGAGAAGUCACGCAACGACCAUCUUUUCUGGCUUUGGAAGGAGAGCACUGCCCUUUACCCUUCCAUCUACCUGGAGCAGGUGCUGGCCAACAACACAAAUGGCCGCAAGUUUGUGAGGUCUCGGGUAGGAGAGGCCCUUCGCAUCUCCCAGCAGCACCAUGAUAACUAUAGCCUACCAGUCUUUGUCUACACCAGGCCCACCUAUAUACGCACACAGAAUGUCCUAAGCGAGAAAGACUUGAUCUCCACCAUUGGUGAGAGUGCUGCUCUGGGGGUAGCUGGUGCGAUCUUCUGGGGAGAUGCAGAGAACACUAGAAGUCGGGAAACAUGCCAGCUGAUUAAAAACUACAUAGAGGAGGGCCUUGGCCGUUACAUCGUCAACGUGACCACAGCUGCCGAACUCUGCAGCCAUGCUCUGUGCAGCGGCCACGGGCGCUGCCGGCGCAUUUUCAGCAACACCGACGUCUUCUUGCAUCUCAACCCAGCCAGCUUCGAGAUCCACCGCAACGCUCCUGGGCAGGGCAGGCCACUGUUUGAGGCCACGGGGAACUUCUCUCAGGAUGACACUGCCUUUCUCAAGGCCCACUUCCAGUGCCACUGUUACCAGGGAUGGCACGGGAAAGGAUGCAAGGAGCAGCUGAACCCUCCUGGGGGCGGCCCCUAUCUUCGCAGUAACCUGGGACUCCAGUUGCUGAUAACGCUCUGUCUGCUGGCCUGCUUGCACUAGGCCGCCUCCGACUGGAAUCUCUGCGGCCACAAACUAGUUCUUGGUGCAGUAGGCAGUGGUGAUAGGCGGAAAGGGAGAAAUAAGAGCCGCCAGCCUCUUGUUUUUAUAUAUACAUAUUUCUUUAGCAGUGAUGUAGCAGAUCUACUAUUUAAGAGACUGUCCUACCUCUCCCAUCUGUGCCACUGGCCCUUUAAGAGGCAAAAAAGUGAAAAAGGACCUUCCCCCCACUGACAAUAUUUCUGUGCGCAGGCAGGUGGGUGCCUGGAGGUGAGGAUUGGCAAAGGUAAGGGGGCUGCCAUGAGGCCUCGCCUCUCCUGCCUUUCCCUUGCUGUCCAGAAGUGUCUCCAACACAGGAGUCGAUUUGGUGCCUUGGGUUAGCUACCCAAACAGAAGCAGGAAUUUGAGGAUGGGGAAAGUUGUCGAAGGGUAGCCCGGGGGUGGGGAGGAGGGAGGAAUGGGUGCCCACAUUCGGCAUUCUUUGGGGAGAGAAUUAGGGAGAGGGGUGCUUGGCUCUUCUGUUGUAAGGAGGGAGGGGGGCACGGUUAGAAAACGGGAGUCCUGGGGCCUGCUUAGGCCUCAGGAGAGGUGUGAUGGGUUUGGUGGAGCUGCUGUAGUGAGGAGAAAAUUGCUGCUGUUUAAAACAUGCCUCUUUAGGAUAGCCGAUAGAGAAGGAGAGAAAGCAUUGCCCAGCCAGUGGGGUUUAACCUAGAGAGUAGAAAGCUCUGGUGGUGAAAAUGCCCUUUGCUGACCGACUGGGUGGGCGGGCGCGCAAACAACAUUUGUAUUGCUCUGAGAAGGGUAGCCGUGAGGUGCGGGAGUGCCAUGCCCCCUAUCCGUGUGUGGCCGGUGCUGAGUUGGUGCCCUGCAUCCGUUACAGGAAAAACCAAAAAAGUUUUACCUCAGAAUUAAAGACACACCGAGAAAAACGUAAUUGGCGUCCUGCAUUGUGUGUUUGGAGCUUGCUUCGUUGCCCCGAGGGGAGGGGCCCUUCGUGCCAUUCCUCCUUGCCAAUAAGGAGGCUCCAGCUGUGAGUGGUAUUUGCCUUCAGACCCCAAUAAAACGUUAGCCGGCUUUUCAUUAACACCUCC